CAGUAAUUCUCGCGUUCCUAAUUAAACACAAACUGAUGCCCAGACCUCUACCUCCGCUCAUUGCAUAUCAGUAAUUGACUCGAUUCUCUAAGAAAGUUGAAUUCUUGGCGUUGACCACAUUGAAAAUGGCGUCCCAAAACGGCGAACCCUUCUUUCUCCCAGCUGAAAAAGCUCAAUCGCUCGCCAACUAUCCCCACGCUCGAAUAAUACAGCAAUCAGCCAAGACCAUUUUCGUUUCUGGCACUUCGUCACGCCGUGGCGAUAAUACAGUCGCCGGUUGCACUACAGACGCCGACGGAACCCACCACCUCGAUAUUUCCCUGCAGACAGAAGCGGUACUGCAGAACAUCGGUGCUAUUAUUGACGGGGCAACAAACGGCGCAUGCGGACUGCAGAACGUGGUCAACGCCACUGUUUUCUUGACCGACAUGAAAGAUUAUGCUGGGAUGAAUACGGAGUGGAAUAAGGUAUGGCCGGACAAGACCAAGGCGCCUGCGAGAACCUGUAUACAGGUUGCGGCUUUACCGAAUGAAAGGCUGAACGUGGAAAUUCAGUGCACUGUUUUGUGGGCAGAAUAGCUUGCUGAUUCCUGCCGUG